GUUGUGUAAAAAGGUACGACUUCAACACAGGUUUGAAGGAUUCAACCUCACGGACCUUACAGGGGCUAUGAUGGGAUUUUAUUUUUUUUUUUUUUUUGAAAAAUAAAACAAAAACAAAAUGAUUUCUAAUGAAUCUGGCUUUUCCGUCCUAUGGUAAGCUUUAUCUUUUCUAAAUGUGAAAGGCAAAUAUCUUACCUUUUAAGUGUUUUGUUUUGUUUUUUUAACCAGCAUUGAAUCUUCGUGCCCAAAUUGUCACAUAGUUUUCCACAUUAAGCCUAAAUAAGCAAGAUGAAGAUAAAAUGGACCACGUUGGGCAUGGUUGUCUUCUUCCUGCUCUCUGUGGUUAUGACUUUCUGCUUCAUAUGGCAAUACAGGAUACCAAAGUUGAAGACAGAAGAAGCUCUAAAAGAAUUAGCGGCAGAGGAGAUGUGCCCACGUUAUCCUGAGCCUGUGCCCCUUAAACAUCCCAUUAUACCUCUAAGAGUGGCUUUAGAGAAGGUUGAUAUACUCUUGAGGACGAGUGUUGACAAGACUAAGCUUCCAGCAAUAUCUGCCAUUGUGGUUUUGAAUGAUUCUGUUCUUUGGAUUGGUAAUUUUGGCAAAAAGAAUAUUAGUGACCCAACAUCACCUGCACCCAAUGAGUACACAGUGUACAGAAUUGCCAGCCUUUCCAAGAUAUUUCCCACCCUGAUGUUGUACAAGCUGUGGGAAAAUGGCCUUGUGGACUCACUAGAUGACUCAGUGGACAAGUACGCAGACAAUUUCACUAUCAAGAAUCCACUGGGUAUAGACAGAGAACCGGCAUCCACUUCAGUCAGGACUUUCAACAAAACUGGAAUCACCUUACGUAGAAUGGCCAGCCACCUCUCUGGAUUACCCCGAAGAUUAAGGUCAACUAAUCUCCUUUGGAACGGAGACACACGAGCAGCCCUUCACAAGUUACAGGAUGAUGUCCUUGUUGCUGAUCCAGGAACAAGAUGCCACUAUAGCAAUGUUGCCUUUUCCUUAAUUGCCAAUGUCCUGGCCGAGAGAGUGACUGGAACAGACUUUGAAAAAUGGGUAUCCCAUAAUGUUUUGCAUCAGCUCAGCAUGAAGAACACCGGCUUCGACAUGACUCCUAUGAUUCAGAGACAGAUGGCAGUGGGUGUCUACAGCAAUGGUCAGCCCGCUCCCCUCUACAAUUUGGGCUGGUAUCGACCUGCGGGUCAGAUGUACUCCACAACAGCUGACAUGGCAAAGCUUCUAAUGGCUCUCCUGGGAUCACACAGUCGGACACUCCUCCGCAAAGACACCCUAAACACUAUGCUAGCCCCACUUUUCCAGUGCCAGAGUGGCUACUUUGCCAGCUACACUGGCACACCAUGGGAGAUCAACCAGCAACUGGGCUACGAUGUAGUAAGAAAGGAUGGUGACUUGGAUGGCUUUGCAGCCUCUCUGUCACUUGUGCCCCGUCUCAAAUUAGGACUGGUGGUCUUGAUGGCUGGGGUACGACCCUCAGAGCAGGAUUUGGUGAAGCGGGUAUACAACCACCUCAUCCCUGCAGUGGAAGGCGCUUUCAGGGAUGCUGAAUUGACACCUCGACCGCCGCCUGACCCAGCUCCAUAUAUAGGCUUUUUCACGUAUAGGAAUAUGACUUUCUAUGAAAUUAAAGUAGGGUCAGAUGGGGCCCUGUUCAUGCAACAGUUUGGACCACAGGUAGAUAUUAAUGUCCCUGCCAAUUACCAAAUCAUCCAUCUUCAGUAUCUUCAGGAUAGGGUGUUCAGAGUGGUUUUCAAGAGCCCAUACCCUUGUAGGUUAAAGGUCAACAGUGCCUCCGUCUCCUUGGAGACUCAAGACAGACAGCUCUUUAAUUUUUACCAUUUCAACAAAAAAGGUGUGUCACCAGGUUUUGAUUCCCCAGGACUCAACACCUACAAAGUAAUGAGGAUAGCUAGCAAACCAUAUUUUAGCACAUGAAAAGUGAAUGUUUUAGCAUGGCAAAUACAGUUUAUAACGUCAAUGUCAUUAAAGCUGGCUUGCACACAAAGCAAAACCAGAUGACUGUGGUUGUUAAGAGCAUCAACGCUCACCCAUUUUCUGGACCGUUUAUUAUUUGAUGAGGACUCAGCUGUAUUUGAUUUAGGGUGAAAAGGCAGACGACACCCUAAAUAAGGGGUGUCCAAACGUUUUCUACUGAGAGUGUUUGACCUUAAUUUCUCAAACACGCCAAAAUCAAUCAAUAAAGCAAAUCAGCCAUACGAUGUCGGGGUUGCAAUGCAUUUUUUUUCAACACCCACAUGGCCCACCUUCACCCCCCACCCCCUUUUCCCCCAAACUAGCGCGGCCUCAUUUUUAGGAAGCCAAGAGCAGCUGACAAAUGAAUGGCUGGCUGCAAAUGGCCCCCAGCCCAUAGUUUGGACACCACUGGCUUAAACUACUUAGUUUCGGAGCAACUCUGAACACACACGCCAGUCACAUAGAAGUCUUGUCAGCUUGAGUGGAUAAAUCGCUAAAGAGUGAAAUAUUGAUACUUUCACCCCCAUAUCAAUGUGUACUUUUUUGUGAUCAAACUGACUGUACUAGUAUAUAACACUGGCCAAAAAAUGUAUUAUUAUUUUUUUAAUAUUUUUUAAUGCAAUAAAAUUUGUAUUUUUUUUUUUUUAAGCAUUGAUUCUGAAUCUGCCCUCAUUUUUUCUGUAAGUUAAGUUUUUCACAACACCAACAAUAAUAUGGUCAUAUUUAUGCAUUAAAUUUUAGGGUCAACAGGUGGAAUUGUUUUCCUGAAACGUCAUAGCUAUGAAUGACAAUGCAUGGUAAAAUACAUCUUGCUCAAGAU